AUGACAAAAUUUAUUACCUAUUUCAAUUUAUGUCCCAUACCGGAGCCCAAAGGUUUCUUGGGAAUAUCACCGGAUAAAGAUGAGGGCAAUAUUAUUACAACAUUGGGUAAAAACAUUAUUAUUGUCAUUAAGAUUUCUACACAAAAACAAAUACGCAGUUGGUCGGUGCUGGAAAAGUUAUCCUCCAAAGUGAUCUAUGAUAAGAAAUCGGAAAAAUAUGUUGGUGUGUUUGGCAAUAAGUACCUGAGGUGUUGGGAUGAAAAGACAACGGAAUUGAACAAGUGCAAGAAAUUGAAGUUCCACAAAUAUAUUUCCCAAUUGAUCAGUUAUGGUGAUGACACAUUGGUUUUGUAUGUUGAUGGCACAUGCGAACCAUUGGCCAAGGCAAUUGAAUCCCGCAAAGAAGAGGUUAAUAUUUCGACCAAUCAACAAUUGGAAUUAUCGAAAAAGUUAACCUUUACAAAAGCCAGUGUUUAUAAUUCGGCUAAUGGUUGUCGGAUCUUAACCUAUUUUGAACGGAAUUCCAUUAAUGGGGAUUAUCAUUUGGUACGUCUGCCUUUGUCGGCGGAGGGUGUAGUUAUGGAGCCACCAAAACGUUUUAAACUUGCGAGGGAAAAUUUAAGUGUAACCGUGGCUGGAGCGGCCGUCAUUGAGGGUGAGGGGGUGCCAAUGCUAUUGACAAUAUGGUCCGAUAAACGUAUGUUUAUUUUAAAUCUAGGCGAUGAGGUCUGCCCUGAACGUUCCCCCGGCAGUUUUGUUUCAUUGUUGACUCAGCUAAAAGUGGAUUGCCCUCUCUCUGUGAUGGGCAUCUCCAAACAUUUUGUUGCCAUUUAUGGUGCCAAUCAUGGCCAAGAGGGCGGCUCCCUACUCCUCUACAAUACCCAAUUUAAGGUCAUCAAGACGAAACAAUUUUUCAAAGUCUAUUUCAAUUAUUCCCAACUGUGGUCGGUUAGUGAUCAUAUCAUUUUGGCCAUGGGUCAAAAUCUAUCCGUUGUCAAAUAUCAAGUACUCAAAGAGGUAUUAUCGGAAUUACUGGGUACCCAAGUCUCUAAUGAUUAUCAAACGGCCAUUGAAAUUGAUCACAUCAAUGAGGAGGAUGUCAUGGAAGAAUGCCUACAAUAUAGUAAAGAUGUCCAAUCGCACAAUGAGAAGGAAAAGGAGGAGAAAGAUUUAAAAAUCGUGGAAGCUGAUGGUCUAACCGUACCCUUUAUGGGUGCCCAAGAAUUCGAUAAAGAACUAAAUGCCUUGCGACAAUUACAUUUACAUGUUGAUGUUAUUCCGGAUCAUCGUUUGGAUGUGCCUCACAUAAAUCUCAUGUCAAAUCACAAUGAUGAGGGUUUCUCAUGCCAGGAGUUGCAAUUGAUUGCCCAGCAGCUGGAGCGUGUGGGUGCCAGUGAACAUGAAAUCACCGAGAAACUUUUAACCGUCCUCAUGAAGGCCAAUUUGGUGGAGGAUAUUGGAGUGUGCCUGAGGCGUUACACCAACAUAUCCGAGAAGAUUUUAUCCAAAACUUUGAAUUAUAUUUUAAAGAAAUACACCAAGGAAAAGUCCAGCAAAACAAAUGGCACCCUAGAAGAACCCAUGGAGGAAGAUAAUGAAAAUGACAGCCAAGAAGAGAAUGCUGAAGAUGAAGAACUCCAUUUGGGUAUCCUUUCCAAAAAACCCACCUCAGCAACCCCCCACAAUCCCUCAGAUCUAGAAAACAUUCUCAACACCCUGUUGGCCUGUUCCUUUGACCCGGAGACAAUUGCCAAAUGCAUACGUCAAGAUAUGGAAUAUAAAGAGGUGGUACUACUCUUGGAACAUCUCUACGAUAUGUUAACCUCCGAGCAACAAGAAUAUCUAGAAGAUCGUCCCACUCUCUAUGAGACAAGUACUGAUUAUGAAUUACAAUUGCUAAGAUGGUUUGGUGUAUUCCUCAACUCCCACUUUCAAAAAUUGGCCCUAUCCAAAGAAGUGGCCCUCAUUGAGUUACUCUUUAAAUGGCAUGAACUAUUCGAUAGUUAUAAACAAGAAAUUGUGGAGCUACAAAAUGUUGCCGCCUUACUAUAUAAUAUUGUCGAACGUAAAACAAAUCUGAAGGAGAAGAGUUCAUCGAAAUGGUAUUCCAUAGAAGAGGUUUAUUUGUUUUGA